AUGGACGGAUCGACACACUCAUCGAGGGCAGGGACGGUGCUUCCGAUUGCAGAGAGCAGUCAAAUGAAGACAACGGUGUUUCUAUCGGACAAUUCAUCCGCGGAGGUGGGGUACGAUGGGUCCACCACCGCUGCGGAGCUCUUGGAGGUCCAUGACUACAUCAGCAUUCACGACUCCGCUUAUAUACGGGACACGGUGGCCGAGCUGAUGGGAUUCCGGGAGACAGGCGAGCGGGCCGUGCAGAGGCGACUCGUGUGCCGCAAGCGAUAUUUCCUGGAGAACGAGGAGGCGAUAGCAGACCCCAUGUUCAUCCGACUGUGCUACCACCAAGCGCAGCAGGAUUAUCUGGAGGUCAACUUCCCCACGCCCAAGGAUUUGGCGGCGCAUCUCGCAGCGCUCCAGGUCGUUGUGGACUUCGGCUCACUGCCUGCGCAUCAAGUGGAGGACUGGCAAGCGCAGGUGCGGCAGAGGAUCCCGCUGCAGUUCCGGGCCACAAUGGAGAAGCACGAUUGGGCCAAGGACGUGCUCAAACGCCACAAGCCGUUGGCAAAGCUAACAGCUGAACAGGCGAUGCAGCAGGCGCUGAAGUGGUUCCGAGCCCUCCCGUAUGGCGGGUCAGUUUUCUUCAACGUGGGGCGCAUUCAUGACCCCACCAAUUCACUGCCGGAGCGAGUGCUCAUGGGCAUCAACGAGCGCGGGCUGAAGGUGUUGGAGCUGCGUUCAUCAGCAGAGCGGGAUGGGCUAGCAGCUAGCCUGGCGAUCGCGGAGCAGCGCUUGGGGGUGAGCCGGGCAACAGAGGCCCAGCUGAGGAAGGAGGUGAAGGGGAAGGGGAAGGAGGCGCAGCCAGAGCACCGGGAGGGUGUCUGCAACGAGCUGGAGGAGCUGAGAACGAGGAACGAGGUGAGAGGGAGAGAGAGGCGAAAGCAUCCGGAGGAGAUGCAACAGGCGGAGAUGAUUUCUCGUCGCGCACGUGUGUUGCAGGAGUUGGAGCGGAGCUUGGUGAAGCAUGAGGAGGAGGUAAAUCAGCUGAAGGAGGCGUACGACAAGGAGGUUGUGGAGUGCAAGAAGGCCUGGAACAAGCUGGAGGAAUCGAAGGGCAAGAUUCGGGUGAUGGCGCGGUGGCGGCCGCUGAGUGGCAAGGAGCGGGACGAGCGGCAGCGCAUGGUGUUGGGGAUGACGGACGAGUUCACGCUGCAGCUCCCCUCCAAGGACGGUGGAGAGCCCAAGCAUUUUCAGUUUGACCGGGUGUUCGACCACAACGCCAGUCAAACGACCGUGUUUGAAGACAUACGGUACCUGAUUCAGUCGGCCAUUGACGGGUUCAACGUGUGCAUAUUCGCGUACGGGCAGACGGGCAGCGGCAAGACGCACACCAUCCAUGGCACGGACGAGGACCUCGGGCUCACACCGCGUGCCAUGCAGGAGAUUCAGAGUUCAGUAAUCAAGUCAGCAGACACGGCAGGCAGUGGAGAGACGCGGUUGAAUGAAGUGAUGGAGGAGGCAGUGAGGCGGCACCCACGAGUGGCGCUGCUGUGGAGUGACAAGGGCCGCGCGCACAAGGAGUUGGGCCAGGCGGACCUUGCAGCGGAUGCACUGCACAAAGCACUAGCGCUGGAAGAGUCACCAGAGGCAUAUCUACGGGUGGGCCUUCAGUUGCAGAGCAUUGGGGACCACAGAGACGCCAUCAAGUACGCCCACACGGCGCUGAAGCUCAAGCUGAUGGACAUUGAGUUCAACUACCAAGAAGCUUCCUCGCUGCAUGCAGUUGGGGACUACAAUGCUGCAGUAAGACGUGCCAUGUAUUUUUCAUUCUUUGCAUGGGUUCAAAUUGCUGUAGCAUGGCGUGGGGUUAGUCAUAACUGCCAGUCAUUGUCAUCUUAUGGGUACUGA